ACAAAAUAAAAAUGAAUCGCCUGUUAGCGCGACAAAUUUUCCUCAUUGACGUUGUCGUGGAUGUGCGAAAGACAUCGUCUAUACACGCAACGGAGAGAAAGGAAGAAAAUAAAUUUCGUGUUGUUUGCAAAAGUGGAUGGCAAAACAACAACAAGCGACCAGAUUUUUGAGUAAAGAAUUAAAAUUUAUUCUUCUGAUCUCAUUUUUUAAUACACGAACGGAUGGAAGCUAUGGUAACCCAACAACAGUACAUAAGAACAAGGCAACAGAGAGCAAUUGAGACUGAAAAAAAAUUGGGAAUAAGGAAAGGAAAAGGAAUAAAAAGAUGAAAUAAAUAAGAAUACUUAUAAAAUCUCUCACUUGAGACUCAUCAUAUUUUUAUGUGUGUAUGAAAAUAAAUAUGAGGAUUGAAACAAGAAACUGAUUUAUG